AUGGCGCUGAAGACAGGAGAAGACCUGAAGCUGCUGGGGAUCAGGGGGAGCCCGCACGUGCUGCGCGUGCAGCUCGCGCUCCGCCUCAAGGGCUUGAGCUACGACUACGUGGAGCAGGACCCCAGGAACAACCACAAGAUGGGCGACCUGCUCCGCCACAGCACGGUGCCGGUGCUGCUGAUCCACGGCGGCAAGCCCGUCCGCGGCUGCCUCAACAUAAUACUAUACGUCGAUGAGGCCUUCGCCGGCCCCUCCCUCCUCCCCGCUGGGCGCGGCUGCCACGCCCGUGCCGUCGCUCGCUAGUGGGCCGACUUCAUCGAUGACACGCUCGUUGAGGCGAUGUACAAGGCGGAGGGCAGGAACCAGGCGGCUGCGGCGAUAGAGGCCCUAGAGGGUGCACUGAGAGAGUGCUCCAAGCCCUUCUUUGGCGGCGACAAUGCCGGAUAUGUGGACGUCGUUCUCGGGAGCCUUCUUCCAUGGGUGUGUGCCGCCGACGCGACGUGGGGUACCGAGACCUUAGACCCCGCCAUGACGCCGCUCUUGGCCACUUGGAAGGACCGCUUCAGUGCGUUGGACGCGGCCCAGGGGGUCAUGCCGGACAUGGGGAAGGUGGUCGGCUUUGCCACGAUGAUGCCUGCUAGACACCCUAAACGAUCAGACCUGACGCUUCAUGUGCUUAUGUUUUUUUUAUGA